AUGCUGAGCCUUGGGAAAUUUCCAUUGAAAUCUAUAUGCAACGCUAUCCCCUCACAAAAUUUUCACUUUCCCAUCAAAACCCACUUCUUAUUUUCUCCGAAUUUCUAUUCUUUUGGGAAAAAGCCAACGGGGUUUUGCUUACAUGCGUUAAAAACAAAGAAAAGGGGUGAUUUUAGUGGGUUGAAAUUGGACGGUCCAGAUGAAUUUGCGAAUGAUUUUGAAGAUGAAUUUAUAGAUAUAGAAACUGAUGGUGAUUUCGAAGAAGAUGAUGAGGCGGAUAUUCCUUUAAAGGAAAUGGAGAAAUGGCUUGAAAACAAACCACGGGGAUUUGGUGAAGGCAAAGUGUAUGAUACUUCAAUUGAGGAUAAGCUGAUGGAAGAACUUGAGCAGAGUAGGAAAGCUCAGCUUGCCAAUAUCAAUAAGCUUAAGAAUAAUCCUCAACAAUUCACUUCCAAGAAAGAACAAAACCAACAGGAGAAAGGAAUAUUAACAUUACGUAAUGUCGAGACUGGUACGGAUGUCUGGUAUCCAUUGUCCAUUACUCUCCUCAUCAUGGGGUUAGAUCGAAUUUUUGUUCUUCAACUGGGUUUUGGGUCAAAGUUGAACCCUUCCAAUGUGUAG